AUGUGUCUUCAACACAAGAUCCAUCUCAUUGGCCUCACAGAAACCCAUUUAAAUACAAUUGAGAAAGAGAAGCAGGAAAUGAAUCAAGGAGUUGGAUACCUCCUUCUCAAUUCAUUAAUUACGACUUCAAAAGGAUCCAAAGGAACAGCCUUGUUACAUUUCCUUAAUAACAAGAGAAAACGAUGCAUUACCAACACUAAUCUAGUUCCUGGACACCUCCAAUGGACUAGAUUUUACUCUAGAAAUAUGCCCAUUAAUAUUCUUACAGUUUACUUAAGUGGAAGACGAGAAGCAAAUGAUAUUGAUGACGAUGUUUUUGAGCACAUUAUUGAAGUUUUAACUGAGUGUCAAGAUGAACAAGUUGUGAUUAUGGGAGAUUUUAACAUUAAUUCCCACAAUCCAAGUUCAACCAGAGACAAACAGUGGUUGGAACUCAUGAAUAGUUUCCAAAUGUAUGAACACAAAGUAACUGGUAAUUUCUCGUAUGUCAGACGUUACGAAAAUCAAAUCUCUCGAUCAAGACCAGAUCACAUAUUUGUAUCCAAACACAUAAGAGUGGUUAGAGAGCAAAUGCUUGCACCAAUUAGCAAAAAUGAACACCUUCCAUUCUUUGUUGACCUGGAAUUUCAAUCAAAUUUAUCAUGGAAACCAUCAGUAUCCAAAAACUCAAAAACGAAAAUAAUCGAGUACUUGAACAACUCCAACUUUGCAAUUUUCGAUGAUUUGGCACGGGCCUUAAGUGACCAGAUCGAUAAGUACGGAAAAUUUAAUGACAGACUUGGUAUUCAAUCCAUAUACAGCUCUCUUAAAAACAGAAUUGAAGAAUUGGAACAAUCGCUUCUUACAUCAAUUCAAGGUAAUGAACUUGAUCAAAGGAAAAUCCUUGACACGCAACAGAAAUUGAAAGAGACAUAUAAAUCUGCAUCAACUGAAAUCAAAGAAAAGAUUUCAGAACGAUUCAAUGCAGCAAACUCUUCAACCAUGUACCACUUUGAUCAAUUAACCCAUAACAAGCAAAUUGACUGGAAGCAAAUUAACUUUAAUGACUCUCAGAUUGUGCAACAUUUCAAGGACAAGUUCACAUCAUCGAAUCAAACCCCAACAUUCUCUCUGAGCCCAUCUACUGUAUCUAUAGGACCCCAAAUUAUGAAUCUCAUCACAUUGAACGAUUUGGAAAACGCUCUCUCAAGAAUGAAAUCAAACACUCCAGGAGUUGACUUUAUCCCACACGAUAUUAUUAAGGGCCUCAAUGAUUCGAACAAGAAAUUACUCGUUGAUAAAUUUAAUGAGUGUCUCGUAAACCAAGACAUCCCAAGUACAUGGAAACAAGGAUGGGUCAAACUAAUACCUAAACGAGAUGUAAAGACCAAUUUUCUAUGGCUUUAUUCCCCAAGGAUGUCCAUUAGCUCCACUCAUCUAUGA